CAAAAGUUGUUGAACGUUAGGUAAAAUUGCUAUAGUGUUGUGGUUGAAAAUUCAACACCAGCACGAUGGAGACGCUCCUGGAACAACAGCGUCGCUAUCACGAGGAGCGCGAGCGUCUUAUGGACGCCAUGGUCAAGGAGAUGCUGCACAAAAAACCCGGACAUCGGGAAACAAUCAAUUCGGAGCAUCGGUUAAAGCUUCUGCUGGAUCAGUACACGGAGAGCACGGCCAACGUGUACGAGUUGUACGAGGAUAAGGAUGGGCAGAGGAAGGAAGAGGUGCAAGCGCUUUCUGGACCAAACGAGUUUUCAGAGUUCUAUAACAGAUUAAAGUCCAUAAAAGAAUUUUACCGCAGACAUCCAAAUGAAAUAAGUGUUCCUAUGUCUAUUGAAUUUGAAGAAAUAGCUAAAAUGAGAGAAAAUCCGACAGAGGAUAAUGCGAACCUCGUUGAUUUCACGGAUGAAGAAGGAUAUGGAAAGUAUCUGGAUUUGCACGAGUGUUACGAAAAAUACAUCAAUUUAAAAGGAAUAGAAAAAGUCGACUACAUAACGUACUUAUCAACAUUCGACCAUCUUUUUGACAUUCCAAAAGACAGAAAAAACGCCGAGUACAAAAAGUACAUUGAAUCGCUUCUGGAGUACUUGACAGGUUACUUGACCAGAGUUAGACCUCUGCUUGACUUGAACACGGAACUGUCGGGAGUUAACAAAGAGUUUACAAUGCAGUGGGAAAACAAUACUUUUCCUGGUUGGCCAAAGGAAGCCGGCAGUGCACUUACAAACGUUGGUGCUCACUUGGAACUAUCAGCAUUCUCAUCGUGGGAAGAACUGGCAUCACUUGGCCUAGAUAGAUUGAAAUCUGCGCUGAUGGCACUUGGACUUAAAUGUGGUGGAACUCUGGAAGAAAGAGCACAGAGAUUGUUCAGCACAAAGGGCGAAGCAUCUCUUGACCCCAAUCUUUUGGCAAGAAAAACACAGAGGAAACCAGGCAAAGGCAAAAAUGUUGAAAAACAAAGGGAAAUUGCUAGACUCGAGGCUCAUGUCUACAAACUUGCAGAAUUGGUUUCUAGUCACAGAGUAGCUACUAAAGAAAAUGUUCAAAGAAAGCAAGCCCGUACAGAAGGCGAACGCGGUGAUUCCGAUGCUGAAGCUAGCGCAAGUGAAUCCGAGGAGGAGGAUGACAACGACGUUCCUUAUAAUCCUAAAAACCUUCCGCUUGGUUGGGAUGGUAAACCUAUUCCCUACUGGUUGUACAAAUUACAUGGCUUGAACAUCAGCUACAAUUGCGAAAUUUGUGGUAACUUUACAUACAAAGGACCCAAAGCCUUCCAGAGGCACUUUGCUGAGUGGAGACAUGCGCACGGUAUGCGCUGCCUUGGAAUUCCUAAUACUGCACAUUUUGCUAAUGUUACGCAAAUUGAAGACGCCCUGGCGCUUUGGGAGAAACUCAAAGCACAAAAACAGUCGGAAAGGUGGCAGCCUGAACAGGAAGAAGAAUUCGAAGAUUCAUUAGGUAAUGUUGUGAAUCGUAAGACCUAUGAAGAUUUGAAGCGACAAGGUCUCUUGUAAAUCAUCUAAGCUAUGAUAAACAUUUUAAACAUAUUUUAAAGUAUAACCAGAACAAUAAUGUUUUUUUAUGUAAUUUAAGCUGAUGUGUAAGUGUAAGAUUUCUGAUUAACUUGUAUUUUCUUGAUUGCAUUUAAAAACUAUAUGAUUACGUUGUGUAUACUAGUAGAUGGAUUACUUGUAAUAAAUCACUUUUGUAAAAGUAAAAAAAAUCAGAAUAUUAAAUAUAUUUGAUAAAUAAAAAUUCAAAACGUUAGAAUUACUGUAAUAAUAACCAAAUAUCAUGUUGUACGACGCCACUAGCCAGGAUUGCAUAAAAAAAAUAACAAUAUCAUUGAAAUUAAAAUGCGUCUAUUUACACUUUGUACAUAAAUCAAGUUUGAUAAUAAAAAAAAUUCAGA